GGUUGUGGGGAGGGGUGUGGGGGUCGAUACCGCCAUUCCCUUACACACCCCCCCUGUGGCCGUGCAGGUACAUGCACACGAGGAGCUGGGAGGAAUGCUGCCGUUGCUCUGCACACGGGAAGCUGGGAGGAAUGCUGCCGUUGCUCUGCACACGGGAAGCUGGGAGGAAUGCUGCCGUUGCUCUGCACACGGGAAGCUGGGAGGAAUGCUGCCGUUGCUCUGCACACGGGAAGCUGGGAGGAAUGCUGCCGUUGCUCUGCACACGAGGAGCUGGGAGGAAUGCUGCCGUUGCUCUGCACACGAGGAGCUGGGAGGAAUGCUGCCGUUGCUCUGCACACGAGGAGCUGGGAGGAAUGCUGCCGUUGCUCUGCACACGAGGAGCUGGGAGGAAUGCUGCCAUUGCUCUGCACACGAGGAGCUGGGAGGAAUGCUGGCAUGAGGGAGAGUAUCUGGGGUGGGGUGGCCUCUCAAGGUAAGCCUCGUUUCACCAACCCCUCUUACUGCAGCAGAUGAUGUCUGUUCACUGUCCUUCCAGCUCUUGCCUGCUCUGGCUUUCUGUUUCUUCUAGUGCUAUGGCUGUUGUUAGUCCUGCACUAACUGGUUUUCUCUCUGCCUCCCCUUUCUGCCCCCAGCAGGUCACUUGGCGUCAUUUGAAGACUGCAGCAGAGGAAGCUGAGCAGCUGACAGCAGCAGCAGCAGCAGUGGGGGCUGGGUGGUUAGCGGGCAGGCUAGGACUAGGGGUAUGGUACCAGGUAAGGUAUCAGGUAUGGUUGUCGUCUCACCACUCUGCUUCCUUCCUACACAAUGCGUAUCCGGAGCCUUGGAGCAUGGGCAGGAGCUACGGAGCAAGGGCAGGAGAAUCGAGCCCACCCCCUCUCCUCACCCCCUCUCACCUCCUCUCCUCUCCCUCUUCCCUUCAUCCAGCAGCAUCUCGCCUUGAGGAAAGGAAGGCGCACUCCCCACCCUCACCUUCCCCUCCCCCCUCCUUAGCAGGCUGCAGCAUCAUGUGGAAAAUGUGUGACACAGCAGCUGUUCCUCAAGUACCAACACUGGCGUAUCGUAUAAUGGAAAGUGCGUGCCGGCUCUGGUUGGGAGUCCCCUCCUACGACGCUUUCGUACGCAGGAUUUGAGUCUUGGGCCGCCCGUGCAUUUUCCACUGCCACUCCUCGCACCACAAGGCAGAGCCAUGGGGGGGGCAAAGGAGGGCGUCUGCCUUCACCAUUGUAAGUUGAGUGAGAGGGGGAGGAGAAUGGGGGGCUCAAACCCCCUGGGUAAGUAGAGUGAGCGGCAGUUGAGGGAGGCUGCAAGCACCAGUGUAAGUUGAGUGGACGGAGAUGAAUAUGGGCGCCUGAAACCCCCGGGGUGAGUUGAUUGAAGUUAGUUGAGGGGCAAUGGAGGGCGGCUGCAUCUACCACCAGUGUAAGUUGAGAGGAGGGAGAUGAGUAUGGGGGGCUGAAACCCUUAAGGAUAAGUAGAGGCGUCUGCUGACUGAUCGGCAAUGGAGGCGUCUGCAACUACCGCUGUGAGUUGAGUGAGAGUGGGAGCAGAAGGGGGGCUGAAUCCCCUGGGCCCCCCUUUCGUGUCUUGCUCUCAUAUUGCCAAGGAGUUUUCACCCCCCUCUUUGCCACUCCCUCUCCUUUCUACCUCCUCUGCCCGUACCCCUCUCCUCUGGCGGGUUGCAAUCCCCCGGGGUUUCGCCCUGGGGGUUGAGUUCAAGAGAGGGGGUUUCAGACUGUGAGGGAGGGGUCAGAACCCAAGUGAUAAGGUGAGGGAGGGGGUUUCAGACCCCAAGUUAUAAGGUGAGGCAAGGGAGGGGACGGGGUUUCAGACCCCAACUUAUAAGAUGAGGAAGGGGGUGUCAGACCCCAAGUUAUAAGGUGAAGGAGGGGGCUUCAGACCCCAAGUUAUAAGGUGAGGGAGGGGGUUUCAGACCCCAAGUUAUAAUGUGAGGCAAGGGAGGGGAAGGGGUUUCAGACCCCAACUUAUAAGAUGAGGAAGGGGGUGUCAGACCCCAAGCUAUAAGGUGAGGGAGGGGGCUUCAGACCCCAAGUUACAAGGUGAGGGAGGGGGUGUCAGACCCCAAGUUACACGGUGAGGGAGGGUGUGUCAGACCCCAGGUUAUAAGGUGAGGGAGGGGGUUUCAGACCCCAAGUUACACGGUGAGGGAGGGGGUCUCAGACCCCGUCACCGCCCAUCACCACCUGUCACCGCCCAUCACCGCCCAUCACCACCCAUUACCGCCCAUCACACCCAACCACCGUUCGCCACCACUCGUCACCGCCCGUCACCGCACGUCACCGCCCGUCACCGCACGUCACCGCCCGCCACCGCCCGCCACCACCCGUCGCUGCCCAUCACUGCCUGUUGCCACCCGUCACCAUCCGCCACUGCCCAUCACCGUCCAUCACCGUCCGUCACCGCCCGCCACUACCUGUCACCACCAGCCACCGCCCGUCACCGGCCGUCACUGCCCGACACCGCCCACCAUCCAUCACCGCCGGUCACCGCCCGCCACCACCCGCCACCGCCAGUCACCGCCCGUCACCAUCCGUCACCAGACGUCACCGCACGUCACCGCCCAUCACCACCCGUCACCGCCCGCCACCACCCGUCAUCGCCCGUCACCGCCAGCCACCGCCCGUCACCAUCCGUCACCGCCCAUCACCGCCAGCCACCGCCCAUCACCGGCCGUCACCGCCCGUCACUGCCCGUCACCACCCGCCACCGCCCUUAACCGCCCGUCCCUGCCCGCCACCACCCGCCACCGCCCGUCACCCACCCUCCACCGCCCAUCACCGCCCAUCACCCGCCCUCCACCGCCCAUCACCGCCUGUCACCGCCCACCACCUCUCAACGCCCCCUGCCCGUCACCACCCGUCACCACCUGCCACCACCCGCCACCACCCAUCACCGCACGCCACCGUCCGUCAUCUCCAGUCACCGCCCACCGCCGAUCACCGCGCGUCACUGCCCAUCACUGCUCGUCACCGCACCGCCUGCCAGCGCCCGCCACCGCUCGCACCGCCCUUCACCGCCAGCCACUGCCCGUCACCUCCCAUCACCUCCAGCCACCACCUGGCACAGCCCGUCACUGCCCACCACCCAUAACGCUCCCCUGCCCAUCACCGCCCAUCACCGUCCGUCUCUACCCGUCACCGCCCGUCACUACCCGUCAUCGCCGAUCACUGCCCCCCUGCCCAUCACCGCCCAUCACAGCCCACUGCCUAUCACCGGCCCCUUCCCGUCACCACCCGGCACUGCGCUCCACCGCCCGUCACCGCCUGUCACCAUCCAUCACCGCCCACCACCCAUCACCGCCCCGGCACCCGUCACCACCAGCCACCGCCCGUCACCGCCCACUGCCCAUCACCCCCCCUGCUGGUCACCGCCACUGCCUGUCAUCGCCGGUCACCGCACGUCACCGCCGAGUGUGUGACCCCAUGGCCGAGUGAUUGACCUCAUGGCCGAGUGAAUGACCGCAUGGCCGAGUGAAUGACCGCAUGUUUGAGUGAAUGACGGCAUGGCCGAGUGAAUGACCCUGUGGCCUAGGUGACGCUCCUCUGCGGCCUGGCGGCAUGCAGAGUACUGUGACGUGAGGCAAGCUUAGGGGUUUUAGGCCCUAAGUUACAAGGGGAGCCAAGGGAGGGGGUUUGAGACCCCUCGUUAGAAGGUGAGGCAAGGGAGGGGGUGUCAAAUCCCGAAUGUAAGUUGAGUGGGAAGGAUGGGUUUCACUCCCGAGUAGGAAAGGUGGGCUACAUAUCCCGAGUACAAGUUGAGUCGGAAUGGUGGGCUUUAUACCCCAAAAUGUAAGCUGAGUGGGAUGGGUGCGUCUUGAACGCCACUGAUAAGGUUGGCUGCAAGGUGAGGGAGGGGUCCUUGGGAUCCUGGGCGUACCAUGUGCGUGUCUCGUGACUCGUGCCUCCUGCCCUGUGCCCCGUGCCCCAUGCCUCGUGCCUUGUGCCGCGUGUUGUGUGCCUCGUGCCUCGUACCUCGUGCCUCACUUGGCAGUUGUUGAGUCGGCUAAAAAACAGACUCAUUACACAUGUGCGCGCCUCGUGCCUUGUGACGCACUUGGCAGUGAAACGCAAGGGGUUCUCUGGCUGCCAAGGAGAAACUCUUUCGUUUUGCUGCCAAUGGGCUGAGGCUGCACUGCACGCCUUUGAGUCGACUCAAAAGCAAGGGGUUCCGUGGGCGCAGUUGCUAAGAGGCUGAGGCUGGACGCCACUCCUGCGGCUGAGGGUUGAGGGGGUGGUGGCGGUGAGGGCGAGUUGGCUGUGUGUGGGGCAGGGCAGCGAAUGACGAAGCUGCAUGGAAGUGUCUGGUGCCACCCUGCCCUCGCACUGUACACCCCAAUCCAAAGGGGUUCAUUGUUUGCCGGCACACAUGGGCAGUUGGAAUGUGGUGCAGUCGGGGUGGGGGAUGGUGAGACGUGUCAGUGGGUUGCGGGUUGCGGUGCUGUAGUGACUCUGGAAUCACUCACACACACCCAUGUUAUGCCUUGUUUUCCCAAUCCGUCCGUGACCUUGUUUCAGGAUUGCAGUAGUGAUUGUUGUUGGAUUGAAUGACGUCAAUUAGUAUCUUCUGAGGUUUUACCAUGAUCGU